AAUAUUGAAAUUAUGUAUUUCUGAGGAGCUAAGUCAAUUGCAAGGAAACGACAGAAAGAAAAGUCGGAAAGAAUUGAUGUCAAAGACAAGAGAGGAGGUCAAUGCUGAUUUCAAAGCUGCUUCAAUUACUCAAGAUGCUAUGGAGCGGAGAAGGAUACAGUCUGAGACACUUUCUGCUGUAUUUGGAACUUACUUCCGCAUCUUGAAGCGCACUAUGCAGCCAAUUGCAGACAGAUCUGAAUGGGGUGUAAAUUCAAUUCCUGGUGCAUCUGGGUGCCACGCGCUACUAGCUCCAUGUCUGGAUGGAAUUGGAAAAUUCUAUCAUCUAAUUGACUUAGAUUUUAUGGGCGAUCUUCUGAAUUAUCUAAGAAAGCUUGCCUGAGGCGGCAGCAACGUGGAUGGAUCUUCUGAGAAUUCCUUAAAACAUUUGACUGUAUCUGAACGGCUGCGGUGUUGCAUUGUUGCUUUCAAAGUAAUGAGGAGCAAUCUUGAUGCCCUGAAUGUUGAUUUACAGGAAUUUUUUGUCCAGCUAUACACUCUUAUACUUGAGUACAGGCCGGGAAGGUUAGUACCAAUACAGUCUAAAACUCUUGAUUUUUUAUUUAUUUUUUUCCUGAAAGUCAAGCAAUUAAAACCCUUGGUUUUUUCAAGUUCAUUCAUUCCAUUUUAGC